AUUGCUGUAUGCUGUGCUAAUCGCUCUGUCAAAUCUAACGGAACUGCUGACAGAGGCUUAGCACAGAGUCUAGGACAGCGGUGUGAGAAUAGCCUGGGGGAGAUAUAGGUUGUCAAUUAGCUUUCCCAUUUCUUGAGGGGAGGUGCUUAUGGCUGGUGUGUCAUCCCCUCCAGCAGUGUCACAUUAUUCCAAUAUAGAGGGUGAAAUUCCUGCACUUCUUCAUGGGGUGGGGGCGAGAGUUGUUCACCCUGUUGUCUUCAAUCUGUCCUAAAUGAGGGAUAUAAAAACAAAAAUAUUCUCCUGGUACUAGGUCAAGAUUGGAUAUUAUAUUAUAAUAUUAGUAUAUUUACAUGUAUGCUUUCGGAAGACAAACGUUGUGCCUUUUUUCUGAAUGGCUAAAUCUUUGGGUUCAUAGCCUUUUUUAUAGGACAUUACAGCCUCCCAACCACUAGAUGGCGACCAACAGUCCUGCGGGUGGGAUCUGAGGAAAGGUCUGCAGUAGGGCGAUGAUUGGACGGAAAUGACUGGAGGAGGGCGAUGAUUGGACGGGAAUGACUGGAGGAGUGCGAUGAUUGGAGGACGGCGAUUAUAGACCAGAGAGCUGACUAGUGAUUGGAGUAGAGCGUCUCCUGCAGAGCGCUUAUUGGAUGAGCGCAUUAACACUGCUGUCACCGGCAUUCUCGUGGAGGCAGGCACAGCAAGCCGUGCCCGGUGCUCAGCUGUCAGCCGGGGGUGAUACGGGGGUGUUAUUGUGGACGUGCAGGCAGCACUGAGGUCCUGCAUUUAACCCUGUGCUUGCCCUGCAGCAGCACUAGUGGAUGCCGCUCUCCUGUAAUCUACCACCUUUGCCCUUUGUGUAUUUUAUUGCCUGUUAUUAAUGAUUCAUCCUGCCGGGUUCCUGACAGCCCUGAUUGCCCGGAUUACUGCUUAUUGUGUAACUUUUAGUUAGUGAUUUCUGCUCAUCCAGCAUUCCAGUGCUUAGAAAGGUGAUGUCUGGCAUUCUGAGAAUCCCAUGCAGGAUGGCAUCCACCUGUGCCCACUCGCUGCCCGCCUCCUUAUUGCGCUCUGCCGCCUAUGUGGGGGGCUCAUGGCUACAGUCAUCGGACUCCGCCACUUUUCCGGUUUUGGAUCCCGCCACUGGGUCAGAACUGGUUCAGGUUGCAGACUGUGGACCCAGAGAAUGCAGGGAAGCAGUGAAAGCGGCGGCCAAUGCCUUCCAGUCCUGGAAAGAUGUGUCCAGUAAGGAACGAAGCGUCCUCUUGCGUAAGUGGUAUGACUUGAUGAUGCAGAAUAAAGAUGAGCUUGCUCAAAUUAUCACAGCAGAAAAUGGAAAGCCUAUGAAAGAAGCACUUGGAGAAAUAGUCUACGCAGCAGGAUUCCUCGAGUGGUUUUCUGAAGAAGCACGUCGCAUUUAUGGAGAUAUCAUAUCUGUGCCCAUGAAAGACCGCCGAGCUUUAGUCCUCAAGCAACCUGUUGGAGUCGCCUCCAUUAUAACCCCGUGGAACUUCCCCAGUGCCAUGAUCACCAGGAAGGUGGGUGCUGCCUUAGCAGCUGGUUGUACAGUGGUAGUGAAGCCAGCAGAAGAUACGCCGUUGUCUGCCUUGGCACUUGCAGAGCUUGCUCACCAGGCUGGGAUUCCGGCAGGAGUAUAUAAUGUUGUGCCUUGCUCCCGGGAGAAGGCUCCUUCAGUUGGAGAAGUUCUCUGCACCGAUCCAUCCGUAGCUAAAAUUUCUUUCACUGGGUCUACGGCAACAGGGAAGAUUCUACUUCGAUAUGCAGCCGAUUCUGUGAAGAGGGUGUCUAUGGAACUUGGUGGACACGCUCCAUUCAUUGUUUUUGAUAGUGCGGAUGUUGAUAAAGCUGCUGCUGGAGCUCUUGCUUCAAAAUUUCGCAAUUCUGGCCAGACUUGUGUAUGUUCAAACAGAUUCCUGGUUCAGAAAGGAAUACAUGAUGCCUUUGUUAAAAAGCUGUCAGCACUAAUGGAAAAGGAACUACGUGUUGGAAGUGGAUUUGAUGAAGGUGUGACCCAAGGACCCCUGAUUAAUGAGAGAGCUGUGGACAAGGUUGAGCACCACGUAAAAGAUGCAAUGUCUCAAGGCGCUCAGAUUGUAGCUGGAGGCAAGAGAUCCAAUGUUGGAAAGAACUUCUAUGAGCCAACUUUGCUGAGCAAUGUUACCACGCAGAUGCUUUGCGCAAGAGAAGAAACAUUUGGACCUCUAGCACCUGUCAUCAAGUUUGACACUGAAGAGGAGGCAAUUGCAGUUGCAAAUUCUGCCAGUGUAGGCUUAGCAGGUUACUUCUAUUCCCAGGACCCAGCACAAAUCUGGCGAGUGGCUGAACGUCUAGAAGUUGGUAUGGUGGGGGUUAAUGAAGGAUUGCUGUCCUCUGUUGAGUGUCCAUUUGGAGGCGUGAAACAGUCAGGACUUGGAAGAGAAGGAUCCAGAUAUGGCAUGGAUGAGUAUCUAGAAGUAAAAUAUGUUUGCUUCGGAGGUCUAUAACAAGAUAUGGUCCGACCAUAGUAUUAUGGGGUAUAAAAAGGGGCUUAUGUCCUUGAUCUACACGUAGAAAUAGUGAAUAUAUCACUAGCCAAAAUCUGACUUCUAGAACCUAACCCCAAGUGAUUGAGGUACCUUUCUCCUACCUAAUAUCUGUUGUAAGGUUGGCCAUACACAUCAUAUAGCGGUUUUUCCACCCCCUCAUACACACGUACACUCGGCUGGACUGACCAUGCUUAUGUUCUUAAUAUGGAAAGAGGAAUAAACCGCUGCAAGGACAUUCGGCAAUGAAUUGUCUCCCUUGAGAACGGAAGGAUAGGGCACGUUGAAAUCCAUCUGCCCAACCCUUGUUUCCCUUGACAUCUGCCAUCAGGCAUAGUUCGGAUGGACACAUUAGUUGGUCAGCCUGUCCUACCAAUGUAGGCAGGUUCAGUUGACACCAUCAAAUGUAUAUGGCCACCUUAACUUGCUGAUUACCAGCAGACUAGUUCUUUUUGUUUUUUGGUUUGUGUCCAAACCAAGAAAGCAGCAUGUAAUGGUGUAAAGUAAAAAAUUAGCAAUAUUUUUUUUAAAUAUUGAAAGUACCGAUUUACAAAAAGUUACCGUAUAUAAAGGGAUAGUGCAGUGUCAGGAUAUUAAUGAUCUAUCCUCAGGAUAGGUCAUCAAUCUCGGUUCAUCGGAGGUUCACUGCAGGUUGAGCAUGCCUGCUCUAGAUUAUAACAAAGUGAAUAGGUUGCGUAAUUGUAGCAAUGGUUCAGUGUAAUUAUAAGCAAGACGGUGUGCAUGUAAACAUCGAUAAAGACGCAGCGCCCACACGAGCUCUGCCAAGAUAGGUCAUCGGUAACCUGACACUGCACAACUUCUUUACCAUUUCUGCAUUUUUUUUUUUUUUCCCUGAAGUGCUCCUGAAUGUAAUGUGCCAAAUAGUCGUAUUCUUUUAAGUCGGCUAAAGCUUAUCUAAUACCAGAAAGUAAGUGAAUGCAAGUCUGAUAAAAAAAAAAAAAAACUAAAAGGUUGCUAUUUGUUUGGAGAAAAGCACAAAUCCAAAGCUUAGGGCUCAUGCACACAACUGUUGGAUGUUUGCGGUCCGCAACUGUGAAUGGAUCCUUAAUAGAACAGUCCUACCCUUGUUGGUAAUGCGGACAAUAAUAGGGCAUGUUAUAUUUUUUUAAUGCCCUUAUUGAAGUGAAUGGUUCCACAUACGGGCCACAAACAAAAUGGAACAGACACAGAAAAAAAAACACGUUUGUGUGCAUGAGCCCUUAAGAGUUUUCUGAGAUUUUACAACUGAUUGGUUGGGGUCUAACACCUGGGAACCCCACAGAUCAGCUGUUUGAGAAGGCACUGGCGCCCACAGCAGUGUUGCAUCCUUCUCUCAGCUCAUCAAGCACAGCACCGUACAUUGCACAGCAGCUGUGCUUGGUAUCACAGCUCGGCUCCAUUCACUUCAAUGGGGCUGAGCUGCACUUAGGCCAUGUGACCAAUGAACAUGACUUCACAUGGCCUAGACCAGGGAUUGGCAAACUCGGCCCUGUAGCUGUUGUAAAACUACAAAUCCCAUCAGUCCCAGUCUGCCUACAGCAGGGCAUGAUGGGAUUUGAAGCUGGAGGGCAGAGUUUGCCCAUCCCUGGCCUAGACUAAGCUGAGAGAGGGCCACAGCGCUACUGCGAGCGCAGAUGCCUUCUCAAACAGCUGAUCAACGGGGGCGAAUCGACCUUCGUAUCAUAGACCUGAAGUCGAUUCAUUCAAAUAUUUUGAUUUUAAUCCUGUUUCCAUACAGCAUUAAAAUGUAUUGGCUCUGUGGGGCCAAAGAUUGUCUCGUCCAAAGUCUUGCACAAUUUUAAUGCUGUACUGAAACAGCAUUUAAAUUAAAGUAUUUGAACAAAUCUGAUACGAAGGUCUAUUCGCCCAAGCCUAGUCCCAGGUGUCAAACCCUCACUAAUUAGAUACUGAUCACUUAUUCAGAGAAUAAGUGAUCAAUAGUAAACUCUUGGAAAACCCCUUUAAAGGUGGACAUACACAUUGUCCUUUAGGAUCAACUACAGAAUAAAGUCAACCAAAAUGAUUAUUUACCCAACAGAAGUGAUCACUGGCAGUCACGGGUACAUGUGGCUUGCAGUAUUUAGGAGUAUGGCUCCUGGUGACCAGCGGUUCAGUCAUGCCCUACAUCAUAGUGCUCAAUGCUAGUCAGGAUCUGGAGGUUAGGUAAGGUCUGCCAGUAAUCACUGAGGAGUGGAGCCGUUAAUUGGUGUGCCAAAACUGAUCUCAUUUGCACAGUACAUGAGAUACUGCAACAUGCAGUAAAGCAAUGAACGGGAGUUCCCUCCCAAACCUGCCACCAGUACAUUUAUAUGUACCUUUUUAUGACUAUACUGUGAACAGUGGUGUUAUGUGUUAUAGUGCCGUUAUCUGGAUAUUUUCUAAAAAUUACUUAUAGAGUAAUAAAAGCACACCAUUUCAACAUAUUAUUUUUUUUUUUUUUUUAUCCAUAUAGAUCUAUAGAGACUUUUAUUGUAAAAUACUAUUUUAUAUAUAUAGUCCUGUAUCUACAGUUCAACUUAGUUGAAGAGGCUGAACCCAGACAUAUCCCCUUCUUUCCCCACUCAGCUCCUCUGGCAUGAGCAUUUCAUGCUCCUAUGCUCUCCCUUGCCCUGCGCUGAAUCGAGUAGGGAAGGGCUUUUUGUGGAGAUCCAGUGACGUACCGGGCUCUCCAUGGGUAAGCUAGGUGGAGACUUCCGUCUAGCAGUGAGCCCGGUGACGUCACCGGCACUAAUGGGCUGGCUUUAGCACUGCCCUAGCCUGUAAAACGGCUAGAACAGCGCUAAAGCCCGCCCAUCAGUGCUGGUGACGUCACCGGGAACACUGCUAGGCAGAAGCCUCUGCCUAGCAGUGUUAAAAUAUAAACAAAAAGCAAGGGAAAGCAUAGGAGCACGAAAUGCUUUAAUGCUCAUGUCAGAGGGGCUGAAUGGGGGAAGGGGAUAUGUCCGGGUUCAGCUCUGAACCUGAACCACCCCUUUUAAUGGGCUUUUUCUCAAGUUCAGUAUUGAUGGCCUAUCCUCAGGAUAGGUCAGUGUCCGAUCUUUGAGUCCUGGCACCCAUGCCCAUGUUUGAAGAGGCAACGGCUCUUCCUCGGCUAGUGGCAUCACGUUCAUUGGUCACAUGGUCUAUUUGCAGCUCAGGCACAUUCAAACAACUGGGCCUAGGCUGCAAUACAAAGUGCAGCCACUAUACAAGGUACAGCACUGUGCUUGGUAAGCUGUGAGGAGGCCAUAGUGCUCAGCGGAGCACACUAUCUCUUCAAAUGGCUGAUAAGUGGGGAUGCUGGCUGUCAGAGUCCCCCGCUAAUCAGAUAUUUAGAACCUAUUCGGAGGAUAGAACAUCAAUGUUGAACUCCUGGAAAACCUCUUUAAUACGAUCAGCAUUUGUAAUGGUGUUUUAGCAGUCCUGUGAAUACUAAAGAAUUAAUACAGUUCUAUAAAAUGUUUUAUUCCAUGCUACAAACCUGAUACUACCAGGAACGCGCUCACCGUAUUUUCAGGCUGAAUCCAUGCGCACAAACCUGUUUGUCACAUAUAAGCACCAGAAAUAUUGUUCUGCAUUAACCUGUAGCACUUUCAGCGCCAAGAGAUAAACGAUUAUUGUCAAAUUUCUGUAUAAAUGUGAACGCACUACGCCAUUCAGAGUAGACGUGUAUCUAGCUAGAUUCUUAAUACGUUCAUGUCGUUGUUAAUGGUUUAUUCAGUAAUACAUGAACUGACCUUUGUGGUACUCGUGGUGAUAUCCAGUCUGAUCUUGAUAAUAAACAGUUUUUUAUAAUA